CUGCUUGCACGGCAGCCCUUAUUUGCGUGCAAUCAUUUUUCUGUUACUGUUACAGCUGACAAUGGCAUUCAUGAAUAUUUGAGUUGCAUCUGUAAACCGCCCUGGACCCCUCAGCAAAACUGACGGAUGUAAAUUAGUUAGCUGCCACCAGGCAAUCAUCAUGUCAGUGCAGACAAACUUAAAUGUGGGAAACAGCUUUAAUUAUGUGUGGCUAUGAGUAGGCCUGGGACAUGACGGAGGCUAAAGGCUAAAGGAGCUCAGAGGCUGUAAUCCCCGGAUGAAACCAUCAUGGCGGCCACUCGCUGAGCUGUCAAGCUCUCCACAAAAGAAAAGGGUGGGAAGUUAACAAAUGGUGCAGCAUGGAUUCGGUGGAUAUUUGCGCAGCCAGCUCCGCGAGAGAUAAUAAACGGCGUGUCAACAAGAAGAAUAGAGAUUGGCACAAACGGCUCCACCUCAGGAAGACCGCCGUUCGGCCCCCAGCUAUGCAAAGCGAAGAUAAGCACGGACCAAAGAAGAUAGUCGGGGAGUGGGAGCGUAGCACAGCGUGGCCUUCAUCAAAGAAGAAGCCCCCCCGGAGGGGACAACAAAGUCAAGGCAGGACAAAUGACGGCGAAAAUACACUCAGGUUCACGUGCUCUCAAUGCAAGGACGACUUGGAAUAUGUUCCCAAAGACUUAGAGAGACAUUUCAAGGAGAAACACACGGGGAUCCCGCCGGUGUUUUCCUGUCACCUGUGUACUUUUAGUACACCUGAGUUCUCCUACCUUCAGGUUCAUCUAAUAAGCCACAAGGACACUUUUUCUAGCUGCACCAUUUGUAAGGACAACGUUCAACGUACAUGGCCUGAAUUCAGUGCGCACCUGACUAUGUGUCACUGCCCAAACGGCAAAUAUUUUUGUGAAAUGUGUCAGAAGUUCUCCACCAGUGACGUGAGAGCGUUUUUGGAGCACGUGUGUGUACAUAACUCGGACCUGGAAGGAGCGGACGAUGUCGAUGUGUCGCUGCGCAUAAUGGACAAGAAUCAGUUUGGACCCAAAACAGCGGCUCAAAGUUUACGUUGUCAACACUGUGGCUAUGAAGCGUCUCAUAAGUGGUUGAUUACUAAGCACAUAAAAGCUGUCCAUGUUUGCCAGAAUGGGAACCAGAGCCGGAGGAGGAAGAAGGUUCAUUCCAUAGCAAUGAAACCAAAUGACACAAUCCCUAAAAUGAAGCCCAGAUUAACAAGGAGUGCAGUGAGGGAAAUGUGCUGGCUGACAGAAGACUGCCUCUCUCUGCCAGGGAGGGAAUUCCUAGAUAAAUACUGCCAACUGUCGGAUCCACAAACAACACUAGAGGAGACUCAGCAGUUUUUGAUGAAAUCGGUCGCCGGGGAAACCGACGACCAGAAAUGGACCAAGGCUCUAAAAACUGUUUUGUCGAAUGUCCCUCAAGAUAUGAAUCUUCACCCGAAGUCAGAAAAUGGCAUCAUGUCGGACUCGUCGGAUGUCACUUUCCUCACAGUGAAGAACAAGAUAACUGUAGCUCAGAAUGGCGCCACUUAUGCGAAAAGGUUAAAAAUGAUGCCGCCGUCGGAUAAGGAACCAGUUUCUCCUGAAAGUUCUCCUGCUGCUGAUGCUCAGAGUCCGCUCGAGCAAAAUGGAUGUCAGUCCGAUUUGAUUGAUCCGAGGCCUUGCCCACAGGGCGAUGACAAUCUACUUCGUGACGUCUCUCUGUCAGUCCAGAGCGAGUCGUCUGUGUGCACACAAAUGCAAGAAAAUCGAGAGAAUCAGGAGUUAAAGACUGAUCAGGACGUAGAGGAACAUGGUAAAAAGCCGGAGGGGCCUGCUCAUGCUGACAGGCUUCAUGUGUGUGACGAUGUGAAGUUGACAAAUGAGGUUGAGGAGCUGAUGUCUGUUCGUAAAGCCCCGCCAAAAAAAAGGAGACACAAUCGACGACGGAAAAGAAAGAGCAAAUUUAAAAGAGCGGAUAAAACGUCACCGGGACUGGCCUUAAAGUUAGUGUUGAAGAAGAAUCCCGUGAAGGUGAAACAGUGGGUGUCACAGAGCUCGUUGUCCCCUUCAGGUAGUUGUGCUACAGAUUGCCAUCAUGGACUGCCAGACCCUCACACUGCAACGGAGGAGAUGGGACAGAUUCCCGAAAUUGCACAGGCAGUACACCAGCAGAAAUGUACUCGCGGUUCUAAACCCGAUCCAUCUGAAGCCAUAAGUUUAAAACCAGCCGACGAACUCGCUCCGAGUUGCGGCGCAACGCUAACGGGAUCUAAAAAUCAGACGGGAAACGCGCCCGCCGUGCACGAGAGCCUGCCGUCGGCUCGUCAAGAAAUGCACGAUGACGCAGAGAAGUCACUGCACUACUUGGGAACUGAAGUUGACAGGAGCAGAUCAGCCGAUCGGACGAGCCAGGGAAGUCUGAAGGCUGCAUCAGUGACUGAGAUGUGCCCAGAGAACAAAGAGCUUCAGACUUCACACAGUGGCACCGGCUGCCAUGCGAGUUCAGCGGUUGAUGGAGUGACUCCUUGCAGCAGCAGCGGCGGCGGCGGCAGCAACUCAUCCCCUGCCUCCCACCCUGUUAUUACGUCGCAGGGUAAGAUAAGCGUGGAAGAUUCCAGCUUUUCUCUUCCCGCAGAGCAGAGCACUGGAGGGAUGAGAGACAGGGGAGAGCCCUCAGAUCUCCCAAGCAGCAUCCAUACUUCUGCUGAUAAAGCCAUCCAACAAGGGCCCUCACCAGCAGCCGGGCAUCGGUGGUGGCCGAUCCCAAAGAACCUGGAGAGGACCCUGAAGUUAGUAGCCAUAAACCCCUAUCAGCUGGUGAAGCGUCCAGUGGGAGACCAGCCCGUCGUGGUGCUAAAUCAUCCAGAUGCAGACAUCCCCGAGGUAACCAGGAUCAUGGAGAUCGUCAACAGGAACAAAGGGGAGGUGAAGAAGGUCAUGCUCUCGCGCAAGACUCUGGCCGCCCUCUCGGCUCUGAGCGGCGAAGUCCCCGAGGCGGACGACUCAACAGGUGCCCAGGCCGAACCUGCACGGCACGCCAAAAACUGCGUACAGGAGAGAUUCACUUUGAAGCUGAAGCUCCGGAGGUUGAGUAGGAAAAAGUACGAAAUAGUGGGCGCCGUCUCGCCCGGCAGGGAUGCCCUGACGAAGUUUCGCUGCUGGUUUUGCGGCAGGGUCUUCACGAGGCAGGAAACGUGGAUGGCCCAUCGGCAGCGGCAUCUGAUGGAGUGGAAUAAGCCAAACUGUGAAAACUCUUAAACGUCGCGCACACUGGAUGAUAAAAACAAAACUCAAAAAAAAAAAAAAGUAGUCUGGAAAACCUUUGCAAUACAACAAAACAAUAAUGACAGUUUUUUUUUUUGUUUUUUUUAUAAAGUCUUAAUUGUGACUGGUUGAUUUUGAGCAGAGUCGAGUUAUUCUCAUGCUUCCUGGAGUGUUGACUUUCUCAGGGUAAUUUUAACAUUUACCUAUUGUUUCUCUCCCGGUCUGAGUAGCUCGAUUUGAAAAACCUAUUGGUAGACUAGUAAUUAUUUGGAAAGCCACGCGGAUGUGGUGUUAGUUCUUUAUGUCGUUUGUAUUUUGUCAAUGCAGUAGCUUUAUUUAAGGUGAUUUGAGUACACUGUCAUAUGGAAUCUUUUAUAGAACACUGUAAUAUGUAUAUUUGCCAUACCAUCUGUUUUAUGGAUCAGUUUAUGUACGGGUAGGCUAUGCAGUAAGGUAGCUGUCAUAUUUAUGUUUUUGGAAUGGGACACAGAGACCCUGCAAGUUACUCAGAUAUACCAAAACUGUAUAUAUAUAUAUAUAAAAAAGACAAUAAGCUGUUUUAUUCUACAUUUAUUUAUGACUUUUUAGGUUUAGCCUUUAUAUGCUUCCUUUUAUCCUUUUUUUUUUUUUUUUUGGACCUUUUGGAGAAUCAGUGUACAUUUUUCUUGUAUAAAAUCCAAAUUAUGUUCAGAUAUAGUAUUAACUGUAAGAGGUAGUAUAUUUUCAUUCAUUCAGUGGCUAUCCCUGACGAUGCAUUUGAUUUAUUUUUAAAAAAAAAAGCAAUCUUGUGUUUUGUGUCAGCGAUAAAAAAAGAAAAAAAAAAAUCAUCUGAGAUCCGGAUUUUUAAACUUCAAGAGCCCUGCAUGAUUGGCUCACGUGUUGUUCUUCCUCUGUGGGUUUCCUCUCUCUUGACUUGAAAUGAUGAUAAUCUUAUCUUUUUUUAAUUGCACUAUGGAAGGAAGAUUUCUGUAUCCCGUUACCUCACCUUAUCAGGCCUAAGCCUAUGACAAUCUCAACCAGUGUCCUACUGUGGCUUAACAUUUCCUUAUGCAGCCACGGUCCCUCAACGUUCACAGAAAGGGAACUGUGGCUCAAGUGUGUGUGCGUGCGAAUCAUCCGAUAGAUGUCUAAAUUGUGCACAAAUCCCUGUUUUCCCUUUUUUUUUUGCAAUUUAGAUACAAAGAUUUAUAAUUGUACAUAGUCCCACUAGAGGUACUGUAAAAUAUUACCUGAGAACUCUCACCAAGUGCCUAGAAGUUAUUGUUAUGCAACAAAAUGUGCAUGAGUAUGAUAGCAUUACUUGUUAAACGGAGAAUAAAUGAAAGAGCGUGUCA